AUGACCGACACGUGCGGGUCCUACCGCACCCACGGGGGCUGCAGCGAUAUCCUCAUGAGCGAGGUCCUCGGCGAGUCUGCCGGCGCCUUCUGCGUCAAGAUGUGCGUCGCGGCGCUCCUCGGGUGCGCCAUAGGAGCACAACGAGAAUUUUGCUAUGUCAUAGGGCACCUCUUUACGGGCGAACCCCUCGCGCCCUCCCCCGUGCGCCGCGCGGGGCUCAGGACGCACAUGCUCGUCGCCCUCGGCGCGUGCCUCUUCUCCGAGGCGAGCUGGUCCCUGUUCAGCGUCCCGGUGCCCGCGCAGGCCACCGUCGACGGCGAACGGACAGCCUUCGUCAGCGGCACGUUCAACUAUGAUACCUCUCGUGUCGCCGCGCAGAUCGUCUCCGGCAUCGGCUUCCUCGGCGCGGGCACGAUACACAAGUCCGGCGACGCCGUCUUCGGCCUCACCACCGCCGCGUCGCUGUGGACCACGGCCGCGGUUGGCACGCACGUCGGCGGACCCAACCAGAAGGACCCUUACUUCCUCGCGCCAACUUUCGCCACCGUCCUCGUCGUUGUCACCCUCCAGGCGCUCAUACACCUCGAGAACGCGGUGCACAUGGCCAACAGGAAGCGCACGGGAAGGCACCAACGCGCAUCCUGCGUCUGCGCGGUGUUUCUCCACCAGGAUCCCGGCGCGUGCGUCCGGUCUGUGGUCGAAGCCGUCGAGACCGGCGUGGGCAAAGUCGUCAGCGUCGGCGCCUCCGUCGGGCGCAAACCCACCGUCCACCAACUCCCGACCCACGAUAACCCGUCCAACGCGCGGGACGUCAAGCUCGGCCACCACCCGGACCAGACGAAGCGGUUCGUGGAGGUGACGAUGACCGCGGUGGUCCCGCCGACGAUGGGGGGCGUGGACCUCCUCGAGUGCCUCCUGUCGACGCGGACGGUGGUGUCGGCGCGGGUCGACGAGUCGAGGCGCGCGCACGUGGGCGAACCCGUCGGCGGCGGCGGCGGCGGCGCGGCACGGGAUGGAGGAGUCGACGCGGCCGGCGCCGACGGCGCCGAUGGAAACAGAGGCGGGGGCGGGGGCGGUGACGGAGGCGGGGUAAGCUCGGCGCUCGGCGCUUGGUUCCUCGGGUGGGGCGGGGGCAAGCGACACGGCGGCGCCGCGACGCUCGAGGACGUGGAUCCCACGGACUGGGACGCGCCCCUCCUCCGCCAGUGA